UCGCUUCUUUAGCACUUCAACUUCCUCUCCGCCGACCUGUCUGUACUUGCCAUCGAUUGACAGCAAGGUCCUACAACAUGUCUAUUGUCAAGAUCCACGCCCGAGAGAUCUUUGAUUCUCGUGGAAAUCCCACCGUAGAGGUUGACCUUUACACUGACAAAGGCUUGUUCAGGGCAGCUGUACCAAGCGGCGCAUCUACUGGAAUCUAUGAAGCCUUGGAGCUCAGGGACAAUGACAAGUCUCGCUACCUUGGGAAAGGAGUCUCAAAGGCUGUAGAGAACAUAAAUUCAACUAUCGCGCCUGCAUUGGUUGGCCAAGAUGUAUCUGUGGUUGAGCAAGAGAGAAUCGACCAGAUGAUGCUUGACCUGGACGGCACAGAGAACAAAUCCAAACUCGGCGCAAAUGCCAUCCUGGGUGUGUCCCUGGCUGUUUGCAAAGCAGGUGCAGCAGAGAAAGGUGUCCCCCUGUAUCGUCACAUUGCUGACCUUGCAGAAAACCCAGAGGUCAUCUUGCCCGUGCCGGCCUUUAAUGUGAUCAAUGGCGGCUCUCACGCAGGAAACAAGCUCGCCAUGCAGGAGUUCAUGAUCCUGCCCGUUGGUGCGAGCACCUUCAAAGAGGCCAUGCGCAUCGGAGCCGAGGUCUACCACAAUCUUAAAAAUGUCAUAAAGAAGAAAUACGGCCAGGAUGCCACUAAUGUGGGGGAUGAAGGUGGCUUUGCUCCAAACAUCCUGGAGAACAAGGAAGCUCUGGAGUUAAUAAAGGAGGCCAUUGCCAAAGCAGGAUACACAGAUGAGGUUGUGAUCGGCAUGGAUGUUGCAGCGUCUGAAUUCUACAGGGACAAAAAAUACGACCUGGACUUCAAGUCUCCUGAUGACCCGAGCCGUUACAUCACUCCUGACGAGCUGGCUGAUCUCUACAAGAGCUUUGUGAAGGAUUAUCCAGUGGUUUCCAUCGAGGAUCCCUUUGACCAGGACGACUGGGCAGCCUGGACUGACUUCACUGGAAGCACUGAAAUUCAGGUUGUUGGAGACGAUCUCACAGUCACCAACCCUAGUCGCAUCAGCAAGGCUGUGGACGUGAAGGCCUGCAACUGUCUGCUGCUUAAAGUCAAUCAGAUUGGCACAGUUACAGAGUCCAUGCGAGCAUGUAAGAUGGCUCAGGAGAACGGCUGGGGUGUGAUGGUCAGCCAUCGCUCUGGUGAGACUGAGGACACCUUCAUAGCAGAUUUGGUGGUCGGCCUGUGCACUGGACAGAUCAAGACUGGGGCACCGUGUCGCUCUGAGCGUUUGGCCAAGUACAACCAGAUUCUGAGAAUUGAAGAGGAACUGGGAGACGCGGCUCGUUUCGCUGGAAAAAACUUCAGAAAUCCGCUGAAUAAGUAAAUGGAUGGACAGAGCAUUUACUUUACCUACAAAUCCAUGAAGACACAUUGGCUAGUAAUGGAGAACACAUCAAAGCAAUAAUGGUUAAAGUAGAACUACUCAUAUUCUAACCAUGGUAAUGAUCAUGACUAUCAAGCCCUUUACUAUAUACUGUCCUCUUUGUUAAUGUGAAAUGAAAUAAUAGACCUGAUAAUAAGUUGAGUAAUACAUAUUUACAACACUGUAAUGACAAAAGCUGCACUUAAAGACAAUUGGAGUAAAUAAAAAAGUUUUCUUAGUGACAGAA